AUGAAGGGAAAGAAGUGGAGCCUGGGCUUCUUCAAGGACGAGUUCACGCCCGAAAAUCGAGGUUUCGACACGGCCUUCGCAAAGUGGAGCGGACCGGGGGACUAUUGGACGCACGUGUCAUCGGAUCGUAAGUACAAAAACUUUCACGGCUACGACCUGCGCCUCAAUCGAGAGGUGCUGUGGAACAAGACGGGAACGUACGCGACCCGCGUGUUCACCGAAAGGGCCACGGAAAUCAUUGCUCAACACGACAAGACGAAGCCCUUGUUUAUGCUCAUCGCCCACCAAGGCGUCCAGGCGGCCAACGACUACGGCUCUGUUCAAUGCCCGCCUGAGCACCUCGAAACAUUUGCGAGCAUUGCACACCGAAAAAGAGUCCUGCUGGCCGGGGCCCUGGCCGAAGUCGACACCUCCGUGGGCAAAGUAUUUGCCGCGCUCCAGAAUCGCACCAUGCUCAACGACACGGUGCUCGUCUUUAUGUCGUCUAGCGGUGGUCUUCCGGACGGGGACGACGACGGCAGCAACUGGUCCUUCAACUGGCCCCUGCGUGGAACCCGGGGAACGUACUUCGAAGGCGGCAUCCGGGUGCCCGCGUUCAUAUGGAGCCCCGUCAUGAAGGACAGGACGCCGCGGGUGUCCACGCAACUGAUGCACGUCACCGACUGGCUGCCCACGCUCGUGCACGUUGCCGGCGGAGAUGCCAAGACAUUAGGAGAAGUGGCCAACUUCGACUCGUACAACCAGUGGCCGACCAUCAGCAAAAACCUCGCCUCGCCCAGGAAGUGCAUCACGCACAGGUUCGACCUAGCGCGCCAAAAUUUCGUGAUCCACCUCGGCGACUACAAGGGCUUCAUCGCCAAGCAUAGCAGCCUCAGCUGGGAGAGAAAGUCGACGUGGUUCCCCGUUGUGGGACUCGAGCCGAAGCAAUCGUCAGAUUUCGAGAAACGCAUCUCUGCCAGCGAGGCCUACAAGGCCCUUCAACGCUUUCAUGGCAGCGGCUUCAAAUUGACAGACCCCACACGACGGGGCUCGUUGCUAAACUGCACACCCAUCGCGAAGCCCUUUGGCUGUCACGUGGGACGAGGACCGUGCCUGUUUGAUUUGGCCAAGGACCCUUGCGAGCAAGAUAAUAUCGUCGACAAACAUCCCGCUAUCUUGAUGAAGAUGAAGCAGACCAUAAUAUACGGCGACAGCUACGUUCCCUGGGAGAACGAAAAGAUGGGAGACUCGGAUGCCGACCCGGGACUGUUCGGCGGUGUGUGGGUCCCGUGGCGAAGCCCGCCGCACAACCGGUACAACCAGAACAAGAGAUCCCAGGAGUGUCACUUCGACUGCUAA